CUUCGACCCUUGCAGAGUCAAGCAGCGCGAGGAUGGCGGAGGGAUCAACCCGCCCGAACAGUACAAUCUACGUUGGCGGUCUUGACACCAACCUUGUGACUGCCACAACUCUCUCGGAGGCGUUCGUCCCGUUUGGCGAAAUAGUGGACAUCACUCUACCCAAGCCUGAGGCGCCGUCUUCGACAGAUUUACAUCGCGGCUUUGGAUAUGUCGAGUUCGAGGAGGCUGCCGAUGCAAAGGAAGCAAUCGAUAAUAUGGAUCAGAGUGAGCUCUACGGACGGGUAAUCAAGGUAGCCAUGGCAAAACCCGACAGAAAGGAGACUGGAGAAGUUGGGUUGGGCAGCACCACUGCCAUCUGGGAACAAGAGGAUUAUCUCGCAAAAUAUGGCACAGCAAACGAGGAUAAGGCCGCUGUAGAAAGCGCAAAGAACGACAGGCCUGCAGAUCCCAUGGAUGGAUUAGAAGGGCUUGAUGUUGCCGGCCCAAAGCCCGAGUGAGCGAGGAUGUAAUUCGGACGAAUUCAACACUACCACGUCUUGGACAAGCUCCAAAACAACAGCAGUUUUGCUCUGACGAGGACCGCCACAAUCCACGCGCCCGACUCAAAUGGUUAGCAGAAACGGUCAGUUUCCGCACAAGUUGGGGAACGAAGCCGGUUACUGUUGUCGACAUCUAGUCUAUCAGUUUGAGCCGAUGAAGGACUUACAACUGUCCGCCCAACGAAAGGGGACGUUGAAAGAGGGGAGGGCCGAGCUGGCGAAGCCGAGUUAUUGUGGCACUAGUAUGGCGGUUGGAAAAGUGUGCUGAGGAAAGGAUCAGAGUGGUGUCAACAAGCCACAGGACAGACUGUGAAUUUUCUUGCUGGCUGCAUUUGUUUAUAUACACAUCCCCGCAAUGCUUCGAAGCAAUUCCAUUUUCGGCAAUUUGGGACUUGAGAAUAGAGACUCUCCC